AUGCUGCGCUCUCUCGCUGCUUCUACCUCCGCGGUGCGUCUCGCUCCUCGCGGCGGCGUUGCUGCUCGACUUCCAGCCACGUCUGCCUCGUUCGCUACCUCGGCUUCGCGUCGUCAGGCUACUCCUGCCCCCGCUCCUCCCAAGAUGGUCAAGCUCACCAUCAACGGCAAAGAGAUCGAGGUCGAGCAGGGUACCGCCCUGAUUCAGGCUUGCGAGAAAGCGGGUGCUCAGAUCCCCCGAUUCUGCUACCACGAGCGUCUCAUGGUGGCCGGUAACUGCCGAAUGUGCCUCGUCGAGUCCAAGGGUGCGCCCAAGCCACUCGCUUCGUGCGCCUUCCCUGCCAUGCCCGGACAGCAGAUCUUCACCGACACUCCCCUCGUCGCCAAGGCUCGUGAGGGUGUCAUGGAGUUCCUCCUCGCCAACCACCCCUUGGAUUGCCCCAUUUGCGAUUGGGGUGGAGAGUGUGAUCUUCAGGACCAGUCGAUGCGAUACGGUUCGGACAGAUCGCGUUUCCACGAGAUCACGGGCAAGCGAGCUGUCGAGGACAAGAACAUGGGACCCCUCGUCAAGACCGUCAUGACCCGUUGCAUUCAGUGCACCCGUUGCGUCCGAUACGCCAACGACGUCGCCGGUGUCCAGGACAUGGGAACCACCGGCCGUGGCAAUGACCUCCAGAUCGGCACCUACAUCGAGAAGACCAUGAACUCGGAAAUGUCUGGCAACAUCAUCGACCUGUGCCCCGUCGGUGCCCUCACUUCGAAGCCGUACGCCUUCCACGCCCGUCCUUGGGAGCUCAAGAAGACCGAGUCCGUCGAUGUUCUUGACGCUGUUGGAUCGAACAUCCGUGUCGACUCGCGCGGUGUCCAGGUGAUGCGCAUCCUGCCCCGCACCAAUGACGACGUCAACGAGGAGUGGAUCAACGACAAGACUCGAUUCGCCAACGAUGGCCUCAAGUACCAGCGUCUCACCACGCCUCUGAUCAAGCAGGGUGACCGCUUCGUGCCCGCCUCGUGGCCCGAGGCCCUUGCCACCAUUGCCGAGGGUCUCUCCUCGUCUGGUGCCAAGGGUGACGAGAUCAAGGCUGUGGCCGGCUCGCUCGCCGAUGUCGAGUCGAUGGUCGUGCUCAAGGAUCUCGUGAACAAGCUCGGCUCGGACAACCUCGCCACCGACCAGGUCAACGGUGACCAGCCUCCCAUCUACGGCUCCGACUUCCGAUCCAACUACACCUUUAACACCACCAUUCCCGGCAUUGAGGAGGCGGAUGUUCUCCUGCUUGUUGGCACCAACCCUCGUCACGAGGCCGCCAUUGUCAACACGCGCAUUCGCAAGGCGUACCUGCACCGUGAGCUCGAUGUGGGUCUGAUCGGCGAGAAGGUGGACCUCACCUACGAAUAUGACCACGUCGGCACCGAUGGCCAGGCUGUCAAGGACCUUCUCUCGGGCAAGGGCGCAUUCGCCAAGAAGUUCAAGGAGGCCAAGAAGCCUAUGAUUGUGGUGGGAAGCGCUGUUGCCGAGCACCCCGACGGCAAGGCCAUUCUGGGCAACCUGGCUGAGCUGGUCAAGGCCAACAAGGGCAAGCUGCUCAACGGCGACUGGAACGGGUACAAUGUUCUGCAGCGACAGGCAUCGCGCACGGGUGCGCUCGACAUUGGCUUCACUCCUUCGCCUGCUGCUGCCAAGACGACGCCCAAGUUCAUCUACUUGCUCAACGCUGACGACAUCACGCCCGAGACCAUCCCGCGCGACGCAUUCGUGGUGUACCAGGGUCACCACGGUGAUGUUGGUGCGCAGUUCGCCGACGUCUGCUUGCCCGGAUCUGCAUACACCGAGAAGGCGACCACAUACGUUAACACCGAGGGCCGAACACAAGUGACGCGAGCGGCGGUGCCACCACCGGGAGCAGCGCGCGAGGACUGGAAGAUUGUUCGUGCGCUGUCCGAGGUGAUGGGAGCGACGGUGCCAUACAACGAUAUCCUGGAUGUGCGCGACCGCAUGUUCGAGAUCUCGCCUACAUUGGUACGACACGAGGUGGCCGAGCCAUCGACAACGUCGGCGCCGUUGGCAGUCGAGGAACUUGCCAAGCUGGCCAAGUCGUCCAUCUCGGGUACGCCUCUGUUGAGACCGAUUGAGAACUUCUACCAGACGGAUCCGAUCUCGCGCGCAUCACCAACGAUGGCCAAGUGCACAGCUGCGUUCGUCGAGGGUCAGCCCAUGGACAAGGUGGACGGCAAGGCGACAUUGGCUGCCUUCAACUGA